AUGACACCCCGACCUCACCUCGCCCUUCUCCUCCUCCUGUGCUCGUCCCAUCUCGUCUCCUCCAUCCGUCGAACGUCCGACAAUGACAGCCCGCUCGCCGCGUACCUCGUCACCGUCCGCCGCCCGGACGGCCUGCUCAGCGUCGACGAGCCCGAGGCGCUCGAGCAGUGGCACACGUACCUCCUCGGGCAGGUGUGCAACACCACCGACCCGGCCACGUCGGAGCGGUUCCCGACGGCGGAGUCGCGCCUCAUCUACUCGUACAGCCACGUGGUGAGCGGGUUCUCGGCGUGGCUCACGCCGCCGGAGGUCCAGCACAUGGCGAGGCUCCCCUGGUUCCUUGAGGCCAUCCCGGACAAGAGCUACAAGCUCAUGUCCGUUGACGCGCCGGCGCCGCAGCUCCCCUGGCUCAACAGUGUCCGGGACGGCGUGUGGAAUAAGGGCAACAUGGGCGAGGGGAUCACCAUUGGCGUCCUUGACGCUGGCAUCGCCGCGAGUAACCUUCCGGCCAGCCCCGAUGCCGAAGGGAUGCCGUCGCCUCCGGCCCAAUGGAAGGGAAGGUGUGACGACAGCGAAGCCUGCAACAACAAGCUGAUCGGGCUGAGGACAUUCGUGGACACGAGCCGUGCUCUGGGCGCCGCCAUGUUCAUCGGCGAGGUCGGGAACAUGGCGCAACAGACGAGCGAUGAGGUUGGCAGUUUCAUGCAGCGCGCGUCAGUUCUCGGGGUCGAGUACGACAAGGCGUUCGCGGUGGCGCCCAAGGCGCACCUCGCCAUCUACCGCGUGUGCGACGAGGAGUGCCAUCCGGCAGCCGUGAACGCAGGGAUGGCCGCCGCGGUGGACGACGGCGUGGACGUCAUAUCGAUGUCCGCCGGCGCCAAGGACGGCGCGGUGUUCCGCGACGAUGCCGUGACGGCGCCGUCGUACAAGUCCGUCGCCCGUGGCGUGCUGGUCUGCACCCCUGCUGGGAGCAGCGGGCCAGAGAUGCUCAAGGUCGAGAGCAGCGCGCCAUGGCUGCUCACCGUGGCGGCCAGCGACACCGACCGCCGCGUCAUCACCAACGUCGAGCUCGGAUCCGGGAUCCUGAAGCCCGACGUCAGCGCGCCCGGCGCCGACGCGCUGGCGGAGCCACCGCAUGAUGACGUGGAGUACACCGACACGCAGAUCAAGGCGGCCACCUCAAUGGCAGCGGCGCACGUAAGUGGCGUCGCGGCGAUGAUCAAGAAGGCGCACCAAGAGUGGUCGCCGGCCGCGAUCAAGUCGGCGCUCGUCACGACAGCCGAUCCGGUCACCCCUGGGGACUCGUUGGCCGGCGAGGGCGUGAGCUAUUUCGUGACGGGCGCCGGCGAGGUGAACCCCGUGAAGGCCAUGGACCCGGGCCUCGUGUACGACCUCGCCGCCGGUGACUUCGUCCCGUACCUAUGCGGCUUGAGCCUCGGCGAGAACCGGACACGCAAGAUCGUCGAGCCGGCGCACGCCUCCUGCGCGGAGGCCGGGGAAAUCGCGGCGAAGGACCUGAACUACCCCUCCAUCAUGAUCGCCAUGGACGACGAGGUGCGACAAGUGGAGGUGAAGCGGACGGUGACGAACGUCGGGGAGCGUGCGGAGACGUACCGCGCGGAGGUCACCGCACCGGGCAUCGACGUGGCGGUGAGCCCUUCGACACUCGUGUUCAGUGACGUUGGCCAGAAGAGGGAUUUCGUCGUCACAGUUAGGAGGCAGGCGAGCACACCGGCGAAGGCGGUGAUCGAGGGGGAGCUGAACUGGGUGUCGGAGAAGCAUGCGGUGCGGAGCCCCGUGGUCGUGGUCGUCGGAGAAACUGCUGCAUCUUCUGCCGGUCACUCUUAUGGCGCUGAUGCAGCAAGUAUCGAGAGUUAG